AUGCUCGACGAGAACCUCCCCAGCUUCCAGUUCCGCCCGAGCUCGGACAACCCGGACGCAGCCGUCCUCUUCUUCACGCAAAACGGGUCCGAACCCCAACCGGAAUACGUCUUCAAGCGCGCUGACCCCAUCUCCCAGCCCGCAUGUCGCGGCUGCUACGCCGCCGCCAUCGUCGACCCCCACCAGCCGGGCGUCAUCUACGGCGAGGUGCUGGUGGCGCCCGAGUGGACGCAGCCGACGCUGUCAGCGGCCGAGAUCCGCGCGCAAAACGGCGCGGCCGGCGGUCCCUCCUCACCGGUCGUGCCCGACACAUUCUCGGUGCAGCUGUACAACCCGGACCAGUCGGUCGCGUUCAAGAUGUUUGGCAGCAGCGGCUGGGGCAAGAGCGGCGGCUGGGAGUUUGAGAUACCGUCGCGGAGCUUCAGGAUGCCCAGCGCGAGCCAACUGGACCGCCAGCAGGCCGACGUCACCGUCGUCAGCGACAUUGCGCCAAAGGUCAUGUUCAAGUGGAAGAGGGACGGGAGGCUGUCCAAGGAUAUGACGUGCUACAUGUCGGGUCGGAGCCUGGGCAGGCACAAGAGCAAGGAGCCCGACAUCACCAUCGCCUUCCUCAAGCAGGGCCGCGACCCGACCCUGACUGUAUACGAGCCGAACAUGCGCCGCGUCGACGUCGAAGACCGCAAGGGGCUCGAGCUGGUCUUGCUGCUCGGCGCUGCCGUCAUCAGGGAUCUGUACCUGGUCCCGAGGCAAGACCCUUUCAACAUUGUGACCGAGAGCGGCGGGAGGCUGCGCAAGAACUCUCGGCCCCCAGUGCCGCUCGCCGCAUCCACCAACGGCGGCAGCGGUGGCGGCCCGGUAAUGUCGGGCGCCAUCGCCAACAACAUCACCACCACAACCCCGACCGCCAUGUCAUCGGCGGUCCCUUCAUCGCGGCCGCCCACGGGCCCGGCAUCACAGGCCGAGAUCGACGCCGAGACGGCCCGGCUCAAGGCCAUGGUGGAGCAGGAGGAGCGCGAGGCGGAGGAGCGGGCGCGGCGCGAAGCCGAGGAGCAGCGGCGCAUCAAGGAGAUGCUGGAGCAGGAGGAACAGCGCGAGCGGCAGCGGCGCGAGGCCGAGAUCGCCGCCGAGACGGAGCGCCUGAGGCAGAUGUACGGCACCGAGGGGCAGGACCUGCCGUCGACCCGCCCGAACCUGCCGCCGCGGCCGGCGGACCCGCGGCCUGGGAGCGCAGGCCCCUCGAGCUCGGCCCAGCCGUCGCUGUCGUCGUGGUGGCGUGGCGGUGGGACGCCCCAGCAGCCCGGCCAGUCGUCGGGCCACGGUGGCGGAGGCGGCGGCAGCAGCAGCAGCAGCGUUGCGAACCGGCUCUCGACCAACCCUUACGUCAACAACGCGGCGGCUAGCGUGAGUGGCUUUUUUAACCGGGAGCGGGAUAGGAGGGGAGAGGAGGGGAAGAAGGUGCGCAAGAAGAGGAGUUUGCAAUUUUAA